AUGGAGCUGGUGGAAGACGGCGGUGGUGUAGACGUUUUCGACAUCUCCUUCCGCGCGUGGGAUUGUUACAGUAGAGGUGGUGGGAGGUUGGCAUGGGACUGGAUUGAGGGCACGAUUUGGAGGAAUCCGCUGCCGUCUUCAAAUGCGAGGUUAGUUAGUGGGCUGUGUUUCGAUGGGAAGGAGGCGGUAUUCUCCGGGGAUGAGGGAGUACCAGGCUUGAGUCACUUCUUCGACCACGCUACUGUGUGGUACCAACAGAAGGACACGGUCAGUCCGAAGGCUGAGCGACGGCUCAGCACCGGCGUUGGGGCAUCAAUCGCUGAGGCGAAAUUGAAUGACUGCGUUUACGAUCCCGUCCAGCUUGCCUGGCUACCAGCUCAUUGCCGAGAUGACAAGAUCACCGAUGCGUUUCGCUAUGCUGCACCCGCAAUGUUCGACUACAAGUGGCCAUACUACGCAGAGCAGGACAAGAGUUCUCCCAUUUCCGAAGAAGAAGACAUCGCAAUGUUUACGGAUACGGGUCAGCUGUACUAUACCGUACACGCCCACCACUUGGCACACUGCAUAUACAACUGGAUGAAGGAGGCUCGCGCCCCGGAGACCAAGAUCGUGAUCCCAAAAAGAGUUCGUGGCUUCGGACAUGCGGCGCACUGUGCCUCAGUGAUCAUGAUCAACGAUACGUUGGACGCAUUGAACUCGGCGUCCAGCGUGAGUCUGGAUGCCGAUGUGCUACAUUCCGAGCAGUCUAAGCUUGCCAGCGGUGAAGAAAAGGUCCAUGAUGUUGGAGGACAAGUCAUUGACGGCGAUCCGUGGAGAGGAACAACAGCAGCGUUGGUAGCGACUUCAGUCUUCCUCUUCGUCGACAAGUGGCCGCAGAUUAGCACCAGACUCAUGCUUUGGCAGACGGUUCAGCUGCUGCCAGACAUCGCAUCAACGAGUACAACAGCCCCAGCCGCCAAUUCAACAGAUGCCAUAGCGGACAUAGUCGAGCGCUACGCAGCCGGAUGUCCUGACCAUCACCAUACGACCCGCCUCAUCUCCGCAGACCCCCUGAUGCUAUACAUCGAGAACCUCCUCUCCAAACAUGAAUCCUCACACCUCCUCGCACUAGCCGAGCCACACUACAAGCCCUCAGCCAUAGUCGGUCCGGCUGGCAAAGAGUACGACAGCAACUUCCGAACGUCGGUCUCGGCCAAACUCCCCAACGACGACGCAGUCGUAUCAUGUAUUCGCAAACGAGUCGCCGACUUCCAGAGCUUCAUGCCGGUGGACCGGGUGGAGGAUAUUCAUGCAGUCAAGCACGGCAUCAACGAACCUCCUUUCCAUCCUGGCCGUCUCCUCCAGCCCUGGAUUGGUGCUCAAGAGGAGUCCUCACUUGCGAUGCGCAACCAGGAUUGA